AGAGGGAGAGAGAGAGAGAGUCAUUGGUGAGGUGUUGGUGAGAGAUUAGAGACACUCUGAACAUCUGAAACACAGAGAGAUGACCACAGCAUUGGCGGAGAUUACUGGAUCAUCACUGGAUCAUCACUAGGGACCAUUAAUAAAACAUUUUGUUGCUAGCAAAGGACUCUAAUCUCGUAGAUAAAAAGCCUUUUAAUAAAUGUUUGCUGUACAUGUGUGACAUUAAAGAUGAGAAACUCGCUGGACAGUAAGGAUCCUUAUUGUUGUCUUGGACAGGAUGACUUUCCUUCAGAGGAACCUUUGAGGAACUGAUAUGAAAUCAUGAUUUAGUUCAACUCGAGACUUUGCUUUCUCUCAUAUUUAAGUGCAUGAACAAGUCAACGCAGGGGAGAGAAAAGGCAUCCUGAACACAGAUCAAUCCAGAGCUACUUUGGUCCUCUUUCCCACUUACUGAUUGGUUCUGGCCGGGCAGACUGGCAUGAGCGUGGGCAGGCCCCACCGUUACAACAUUGUGUCAUCGUCAGAGGAGGACGUGUUUCGCCACGGCAACAUGCCCGCCCUCGGAAAUGGCUUUGGCAAUGGCAAAAUCCAGACGCGGCGAAAGCCGCGAUGCCGGUUCGUCAACAAGACGGGCCAGUGCAACAUUAGUUUCGCCCAUAUGGACGAGCAAUCCCAGCGCUACCUCGCUGACAUUUUUACCACCUGUGUGGACAGUCGGUGGCGCUGGAUGUUUCUUCUUUUCUCCCUUGCGUUUGUCAUGUCCUGGCUUGGGUUUGGUUUCAUCUUCUGGCUCAUUGCUUAUGUCCACGGUGACCUAGACCGACCUGCUGGAGAUGACUUUAUACCAUGCGUCAUGCAGGUCAACAGCUUUGUGGCAGCAUUCCUGUUCUCCAUCGAGACACAAACCACGAUCGGCUAUGGAUUCCGCUGCGUGACCGAAGAGUGUCCGCUAGCCGUGUUCACUGUCGUCUUCCAGUCCAUAGUGGGCUGCAUCAUUGAUGCGUUUAUGAUCGGUGCCAUCAUGGCCAAAAUGGCACGGCCUAAGAAACGUGCAGAGACGAUACUGUUUUCACACAACGCCGUCAUCGCUAUGCGUGAUGGGAAGCUAUGCCUGAUGUGGCGGGUCGGAAACUUGAGGAAAAGUCACAUCGUGGAGGCUCACGUGCGGGCACAACUUAUCAAGCCUCGAAUUACGGAGGAGGGAGAGUACAUCCCGUUCGAUCAGAUCGAUAUAAACGUGGGUUAUGACCUAGGUCUCGAUCGCAUCUUCUUAGUUGCUCCCUUAACUAUCCUCCAUGAGAUAAAUGAGGACAGUCCAUUGUAUGGAAUCAGCAAGCAGGAACUGGAAACAUCUGAUUUCGAGAUUGUGGUGAUACUAGAAGGUAUGGUUGAAGCGACCGCAAUGACAGCUCAGGUGCGAAGCUCUUACCUUGCCAGUGAGAUCUUAUGGGGCCAUCGCUUCGAGCCAGUGGUUUUUGAGGAACGGAGCCAAUAUAAGGUGGACUACUCGCACUUUCAUAAGACGUACCAGGUGCCCUCAACGCCACACUGCAGCGCCAAAGACAUGGAGGAGAACAAGUCGCUAGAGUCAGCUGCCAACUUUUGUUAUGAGAAUGAAUUGGCCUUCAUCAGCAAAGAUGAAGAGGAGCAAGAGGACGAAAGUGCUGAGAGGGGAACUGAGCUAGAGACUCUAUCUGCCAAUCUGAACUCUGAUCAGAGAUCAUACCACAAAGAAUCAGAAAUAUGACCUUUCGUCUUCAUGACCCCUUUGAUGACUUUAUUGUAGAACUCCUAUCCUUUAAGUGUUGGUUGUCAUGGGUAGAGAUACAUGUGAGUGCCAUAUUAAACCUUGACCCACUGCCCUAGAGCCAUGCUGUAGCCAAGGGCAGGUCAAGAAAAGAAAGUGCUUUUUGUUGGAAAUGCGAGGCCUUCCUGUAGGAAAACUUGAAAUAAUAUAGACUAUCUGUUUCAUAAUGUAGUUUAAAGUGAUAGCUUUAAGUAGUAUCAUUAUGCAAUACUAAAAGCUAGCCUGGGUGCCACACUUGCUAAAUAAUUCUUGUAAACAAAAUUUGCACAGACUAGUUUGUUAACCACAAGCUUGUAUAUUGAGUAGAACACAACACACUUUGUUUGAUGUGACUCACAGCAAUAAAAUUACUUUUACAUACAUAUAUAUAUAAUAUAUAUUUAUUUCAUUUUUCAUAAAGACAUACAAGUAUGGUACAUUUCAAUGUAUCAAGUAACGGACUGCUGGGUGCAACAAACACCAAAAUAGAUGCUGAAUUACUGCUAACGGACAAUGACUAAGAUGGCUCCCAGGCUAGCAACUAGCACAAUAACAAACACUUUAUUCAGUAGAAAUUGAGUAUACUGUAUAUAUUGAGUAUGUGAAACGGGUGAAAGAGAAUGAAUAAUGGUAUAGUAGUAUAUUUUUAAACUGGAUGAUGGUAGCUUUUUCCACAACAUCCCAUUAUUCAUACUCGAGACAAAUACUCUUCUAUAAGACUGUACACACACACACACACACACACACACACACACACACA